AUGGCUCCUCAGCAGGUCCAUAACAACGAGGUCUAUCUCCUACCUCUGAAAGACGAUGGCUCUCCCGAUCUGCCCGGCGAGCCUCCAUACAUCUACCUCAAGCCUCCCACCACACCUGCUUACAGCAUACGGUUCGAGAUCGAUGGCACGAGCUCGAUAUGUCGACAAGGCAGCUUGUGGGUCAACAUACCCGGCGAGGGCGAGCACUUCGACCGGAAGAACUUUAAGGAGUACAAGCUUCGACCGAGCUUCAACGAUGUGAUCAAGAUUGAUAUUCCCGUCCACUUCGCUGGAGCUUUCUCCUUUUACUGCUCAUACACGCCACUACCGCCCUUUAGUACAGCAAAGGUAGAGGCACCGAAACCAACCCAGACUCAGACACACUAUAUCGAUGUCUCGCCCAGCCUGCACAUUCAGAAGCAGCGUGUACCACUCGAUGCCAUCUCCAUGAUCUCAACACUCUCCAAGUUCAUGGGCAAGUACUCAGAAGACUGGGACCGUCAUCUUCACGGCAUCAGCGAACGUGGGUACAACAUGGUACAUUUCACACCUCUCAUGAUGCGUGGUGACAGCAACUCGCCCUACUCGAUCUACGACCAACACACUUUCGACAAGGACGUGUUCCCGAAUGGUGAGAAGGACAUCGAGAGCUUGAUCAGCAGGAUGAAUCACGACUACGGACUCUUGGCUAUGACCGACGUGGUCCUGAAUCAUACCGCGAACAACAGCAAAUGGCUGGAGGCUCACCCAGAUGCUGGGUACAAUAUUACGACUUCGCCCCAUCUCAGAUCUGCGUAUGAGCUCGACAGUGCUAUGCUCAAGUUCUCCGCCAACCUCAAGAAUCUCGGCUUGCCAACUCAUCUCAGCAACGAGGGUGAUCUCCUCCGCAUCAUGGAAGCCUUGAAAGUGCAUGUUCUCGGCACCAUCAAGCUUUGGGAGUUCUAUGUCUGCGACGUCGACAAGUGUGCUCAAACAGCGGUUGCUGCAUGGCAGGAAGGGAGGGCUGAUCUGAACGUGUCGAUCCCGCAGGACGCUACAAGCUGGUCGCUGAAGCAGAAGGCGGACUGGCUUCGAGAAUACGCAUGUCCAGGCAAGGAUCGCAUGGGCGAGCGCUUCCGUCGCAAUACUGUUCCUGAACGUGCUGCUACGCUGCUGCAAGCACUCUUCGGCAAGUACAACACAAAAAUCAACAGCGAGGCCGACACUCGCACUGCUUUCGGCUCGAUGCGUGCUUUUAUGAACGAAGUCAAUCUUGACUGGUAUCGCGAGUACGACGCCGAUGUUGCUGCCAUCGUUGAGCAGGUCUUCAACCGCACGAAGUAUAUGCGUCUUGAUGAGCAUGGCCCACAAGUUGGCGACAUUACCAUCGAGAACCCACUCAUCGAGUCUUACUUCACCCGGCUACCUGUCAACGACAUCACAUCGAAGCACGACCCUGAUUCGCUUGCGCUGGCCAACAAUGGCUGGGUGUGGGCAGCAGAUGUCAUGCGUGAUAAUGCUGGUCCAAAGUCCAAGGUUUACCUUCGCCGCGAGCUGAUCGUCUGGGGCGACUGUGUCAAGCUUCGCUUUGGUACCGGUCCGGAAGACAGUCCUUUCUUGUGGAAGUUCAUGACCGACUAUGUCCAGCUGAUGGCCAAGCACUUUGUGGGAUUCCGUAUCGACAACUGCCACUCCACUCCCCUUCACGUUGCAGAAGCUAUGCUCGACGCUGCUCGAGAAGUUCAGCCAAACCUUGUCGUUGCCGCUGAGUUGUUCUCCGGAGACGAGAAGAUGGACUUCGUCUACUGCCAGCGGCUUGGCAUCAGUUUCCUCAUUCGUGAGGCAAUGCAAUGCUGGUCCACCGCAGAAGUUUCUCGCUUGGUGCACAUCAACUGCGGACGACCUAUUGGAUCUUUCGAGGUCGACGACAUCUCUAGCGCGGAUGCGAAGCCUCAGGCGAAUGGCGCUUCCAAUGGUGUGCCACAAGGCAAGGAGAUCGCCCACAGGAUCGUGCCGUCCAAGAUCCAUGCGCUGCUCAUGGACUGCACCCACGACAAUGAGACACCUGUGCAGCGCCGCGAUGGUCGCGAUACGUUGACCAACUCCGCUCUUGUGGCCAUGUGCGCCUCUGCGUCUGGAUCGGUCUUUGGCAUGGACGAGCUGUACCCGCAACUGGUGGAAUUGGUGCACGAGACUCGUCUGUACUCUUCUCCCUACAGCAACCUCAAGCCUGGCGAGAGUCUACGCAUCGGACCAACCGAAGGCACCGGCGGAGUCAAGCGCCUGAUGAAUCAGCUCCACAGCAUCAUGGGCAUGGACGGUUACGACGAGUGCUUCGUGCACCAUGACGGCGAGUAUAUCACUGUGCACCGCAUGCACCCCAAGUCUCGCAAAGGCUACUAUCUCAUCGCGCACACAGCGUUUCCAGGCUACGGCAACAGCAAUGCAGGCUUCGGACCUCAACGUCUUACUGGGACCAAGGCGAAGCUUCUAGGCGCUUACAGUUUGGAGUGCGAUCAGAGCUACGAAGCUAAGCAGGCUGCUAUCAAGGACAAGGUUUUGCGCGGUGUGCCCAGCAAGACCAAGGAUAUCAAGGGUGUUCAGUGCGAAAGCCGCGGUGAGGAUACUAUCAUCACUGUCCCGUCGCAAUUCCCACCUGGCUCGAUCGCCGUCUUCGAGACCUGGAUUCCAGGCGCAGAGCAUAGCGAGGGUUUAGACAAGUAUGUUACUUCUGGAGCUCGCGAAGCAUUCCAGAACGUCAAUCUCACCGACUUGAACGCCAUUCUGUACCGCGCCGAUGCCGAGGAGCACGCAAUGAGUGGCGAUGGAGCAUAUACCAUCCCAGGCCACGGCGCUCUCGUCUACUGCGGUCUUCAGGGUUGGUGGUCUGUCCUUCGCGACAUAGUAGCCCACAAUGACCUUGGCCACCCUCUUUGCAACCACCUUCGUGACGGACCAUGGGCCAUGGACUAUAUCGUCAACCGCCUCGACAAAUUUGCUCAGCAAGACAUCUACAAGAACCUCACUGGACCAGCUCAGUGGCUCCGAUCGCGCUUCGAUGCUAUCCGGAAGGUGCCUAGCUUUCUCCUUCCCCGAUACUUUGCCAUGGUCAUUGGCACUGCACACCGUGCUGGCUUUAACCGCGGGAUCGAGCAGAUGAACCAUAACGUCCAGGGCGGUCAGCACUUCCUCAAGAAGCUUGCGAUAGUAUCGUGUCAGAUGCAGGGCUAUAUGACGAACGCGUCGCUUUGGCCAAAGACGCUCGUGCCCUCGCUUGCGGCUGGUCUGCCUCAUUUCGCUCAAGACUGGGCUCGAUGCUGGGGUCGCGAUAUCAUGAUUGCCAUGCGUGGUCUCUUGCUCGGGACAGGUCGUUUCGCCGAUGCCAAGGAGCACAUUCGAUGCUUUGCCAGCGUGGUGAAGCAUGGUAUGAUUCCCAACUUGCUCGGAUCGUGCAAGCUUCCGCGAUACAAUAGUCGUGACUCGGUCUGGUUCUUCCUUCAGAACAUCCAGGACUACUACGUGCUCGCGACUGAUGGCCACUCGAUCCUCCAAGAGCGUGUGCAACGCCGCUUCUUGCCAUACAAUGAUGAGUGGUUCGCCUGGGAUGACGCCAAAGCCUAUUCACAGACCAGUAGCAUCGAGGACGUCAUCCAGGAAUGUCUCCAGCGCCAUGCUUCUGGCAUGCACUUCCGCGAGUACAACGCUGGCCCUGGCAUCGACAGUCAGAUGAAGGAUGACGGCUUCAACAUUGACAUCGAAGUUGACUGGAACUCCGGCAUCAUCUACGGCGGCAACGAGCACAAUUGCGGCACAUGGAUGGACAAGAUGGGCGAGUCCCAGAAGGCGGGCAGCAAAGGCGAGCCCGGCACGUCCCGUGAUGGUGCACCAGUGGAGAUAACCGGUCUGCUGUACAGCACCCUAAAAUGGGUCGCCGAGCUCAAAGCCGCCAGCCACUUCAAGUACGACGGCGUCACGACCCACGAAGGCAAACUCAUUACCUACGCGCAAUGGGCUCAGAAGCUGAAGGACAGCUUCGAACACGCCUAUUACAUCCCCACCAACCCCGACGAAUGGUCCAAAUACGACGUCAACCCGAAGAUCGUCAACCGCAUGGGUAUCUACAAGGAUGUCCACCGUGGCAAGAAGGAAUACAGGGACUACCAACUCCGUCCCAACUUCCCGAUCGCCAUGACAGUCGCUCCGGACCUCUUCGACCCAGCUCAUGCUCUCGGUGCGCUGGAAAUCGCGGACAAGGCUCUUAUGGGUCCCAUAGGAAUGGCCACCCUUGAUCCUUCGGACCAGGAGUACCACCCCGAUUACAUCAACUCGGACGACAGCGACAAUUUCCAGACGGCCAAGGGGAGGAAUUAUCACCAAGGACCUGAAUGGUGCUGGCCUCGUGGAUUCUUCCUCCGCGCGCUGCUGAAGUUCGAUCUGAUGAGAUGUACGACGAGAGAGGAGAAGGUCGAGGCGUUCCAGCAGGUGACGCAGAGGUUACAUGGGUGUAUGCAGAUGAUUCACGAUAGUCCUUGGGCUGGCUUGACGGAGCUGACGAACCGCAACGGCUCGAUGUGCCAUGAUUCGUGUCCCACGCAAGCGUGGUCCGCAGGGUGCAUAAUAGAUCUCUACGACGACGCGAGCAAGUACAGCAUCGAGCUUCUCAAUGGCGGCCAGGCACCUAGCACGUCUUGA